CGCCACGCAAGGCGCCGUCAGAUGCGAACACCAGCAUGAGCCUGGGAUACAAGAUGAUAACGCGCGUCCGUACACUGUCGCUCUGUACGAGUACCGGCAAAAGAUGCAGGUCUUCAUCUACUAUUUGCUUCUCUCGAGAGUGGGACCGAUUUUCGCAUGUCGAGGUGAGCGACGUCAGCAUGCAACUGAGCACGUUUGCAACGAGGCGGCAUCGAUGGAGUGCAUGACGUCCUCUGAGCCAGUCGCAAGUCUCGAUACAGGAUGAAUAAGUGCGAACGUCGCAGGCUCCGUGACGAGAGUCGUCAUAUCAUCCAUGGUGGCGGAUCAUUGUCACAGAUAAGUAACGCCGGGCAACUCGCUGAGCCCUCGGCUCCUCUCUCGAUCAAUCAACGAGAUGGGGUCGGACGCAGCUCUGAAAGAAGCUCUCCUAACUGACACAGAGAGCGGCGAUGCGCAGCACCGAAAUUCAGGCGCACCAUGUGAUGGAGAAGCCGGAAUGAAUGCUGGAGACGACUCGAUCAAGUUUGGAACAUCCGAUGUGGGAAAAGAAUUUGGAUCGGACGUUUUGAUCGAGAUAAAGAUUACUUCCAAGCUUGCUUGGCCUCUAAUCUUAUUCAAUGUAGUGUUUUUUUCAAUUCCAGUCGCCACGCUCAUGUUCGUCGGUCACCUCGGUGAGCUAGAGCUGUCGAGUGCGUCCAUAGCGAGCUCCUUCGGGAUGGUCACGGCUUUCACUGUCAUGCUUGGACUGGCGAGUACACUGGAGACUUUAUGUGGGCAAGCGUAUGGGGCUAAAAACUACCGCAUGCUGGGUGUAUACUUGCAAAGCUCAUACAUCGUGUGCACCGGGGCUGCCUUUUUGAUACUGGCGUUGUGGAUGAAUGUGGCUGCGAUUCUUAAAGCGAUGGGACAAGAUCCAGAAAUCGCUAGACUCGCGGAACGUUAUUUGAUGUACAUGAGUCCAGGGGUCUUCGGCGCCGGCAUUCUCCGACCGACAGUGAAGUUUCUGCAGUCGCAGUCCGUUGUUAUGCCUGUCCUGCUGUGUUCUUUCGUGGCGUUUGCGUUUCACAUCCCUUGUUGCUACAUCAUGAUCCACGUACUAGAAUUUGGGUUCAUCGGUGGAGCCGUGUCCAACGCUAUAACUUAUCAGUUUUUGACGGUCCUCGUAUUUUUAUACUCCUGGCUCUCGGGUUCCUGCAAACACACGCUGACGGGUUUCACAUGGGAAGCCUUCAGCUACCUGGAUGUCUACUUGAAGCUCGCCAUUCCCUCCACUUUCAUGUUAUGCCUGGAAUUCUGGACGGCGGAAAUUCUUGUACUAGCCUCGGGGCUUUUGCCAAAUCCGCAACUUCAGCUGUCGCUGCUAUCUAUCAGUUUGAGCACGACCAACUUAGCUUCGAUGAUUCCCAACGGACUCAGUGGAGCUGCCGGUACGAGGGUGGCCAACGAGCUCGGAGCAUAUCGUCCUCAGGCAGCUAAAUUGGCUGGAAAAGUGAUUAUGACGAUAUCCGUGGUUUCGACGUGCAUCGUUGCUGGUUGCAUCCUCGUCUUCAGAGAUGUGUGGGGCAAAGCAUUUUCCAACGUGGAUGAAGUUUUGCAAAGCGUGAGACAUCUGACGCCACUCAUAGCUCUAGCAGCCUUCAUGGACGGGAUUCAAGGAGUGCUUUCAGGUAUCGCGAGGGGAUGUGGCAGACAGGAUAUGGGUGCAUUCAUCAACUUGACAGCGUACUACAUCUUCGGAAUCCCCUCAGGAUUUUACUUGGGAUUUAGUCGGGGCAUAGGUGCAGAGGGUCUGUGGAUUGGACUUUUAAUCGGAGAUCUGGUCCAGACUGUGCUUCUGGCGACACUGGUUCUCACCACAAACUGGGAUAAAAUGGCUGAUGAUGCUGUGAGAAGGGUAGCUUGCAAGACUGCACUGCCGGAAUAUGUGGAGGAUCAGCAGAGUCUGGUGGUCGAACAGCAUCACUAGCCAUGAGAAGGUUGCUGCCAUCAAACAGUAGGUGGUGAGUCUACUAGAACAAAACUCCGAACGUAAAAUUUUUCAGAGUUACACAGUGCUUAAACGUUACUGGAGGACCCCAAGCAUCAGUUGAAGCUUAUGGAAGAACAAUUGUUCUUCCAUAAGGAAAGAAGGCACACCUUUUUUGCUAACAACAGCUCAUCUAACAAGAAUGUGCCAAUUUUUGUCCACGGUCUCUCCAAAUGAGAAACUUUAACACAUACAAUUCUCCGUUGCUCGUAAGGAAGCGUUUAUGAGCGGUGAUUAGGAAGUGAAAACUGUUUGGACAGAAUCAUUUUAGAAUUUGGUUAGCAGAUGAGCGUAUGUCUUGACUGUGCAAAAUUCUUUUCGUUUGUUUAAUAAGGUACUGAACUCCGUGGGUCUUUGUGAAAUGAGGAACUAAAGAAAUAAAUGUGAUGAGUCUUUGUUGACUCAUCACAUUUAUAUAUCUAAUUCAUCAUAGAGGACCAUGCUGUCAAGCUUCUAUCUCAAGCAAAUCAAGGACAAAAUAUGAAAUAAAAUCGGACGUGGAAAGUUUACC